AUCUUAAAUCGCAACUUUUCGGUUGUUUCCGUCAAAUUACGAACCAUAUGCGGGUUAAGAUAUAGAACAUUUGUAAACAAAAACAUGCAAUGGUGUAAUGAAUAAUAUAAAGGAUAAAAUAUAUACUUAAACAGAUAACAGUAUAAAUAAAGUAAAAUGGGCAGCAGCGUUUCGUUUCCUAUUACACAGAUCCCAAGAGAUCGCAUUUUCAUUGUAACCGGAGCAAAUACCGGGAUCGGAUAUGAACUGGCUAAAUGGUGCGCAAUGAUGGGAGGCACUGUUAUCUUAGCAUGCCGGUCAGAGGAUCGAGCCAGAAAAGCCAUGGAGACAAUGCAAGAGGACUUUGAAAAAGAACGAGCGAAAGGAACGACGGGUUUAACUGAAAAUCCGACACUAGCACUCGAAUUCAUGAAAUUAGACCUGGCAUCUUUUGAAUCAGUUGUGAAUUUUUGUGAUGAAUUUAAGAAAAGUGGUCGCAAGCUCCACGUGCUGGUUUGUAAUGCUGGAUUGGGCUUUGCCGCGUAUAAACAAAGCGCUGACGGACUAGAAAUGAUGUUACAGGUCAAUUAUUUGAGUCAUUUUCUAAUGAUAGCGAAACUUCUGCCAAUUAUGAGGCAGUCCGGACCAGAUUGCCGGAUCAUCCUCACCUCAAGUGCUUAUCACCAUCGAGGAACAUUUGAUGUUGCCACGAUGAAUUAUACAGGAACGGCCAACAACUUUCCUGAUUUGAAUUACUACGGAAGAUCAAAAUUGUACCAAGUUAUGCAAGCAUAUGCUAUGACAACCCGUUUGAAAGGCUCAAACGUUACCGUUAACAGCUUACAUCCGGGCUUUGUUGACUCGGAGUUAUUCCGUGAAGCAGACAAAGGUAUCUUUAAGUGUUGUUUGGGGUGUUUUCGCUGUUGCGGGAUUAUGGUAACUACUCUGAAAGGAGCCAGUACUAGUAUAGAUCUUGCCACAAAUCCAAAACGCGCCGGAAUGUCCGGGCAUUAUUGGACGGACUGUAAAAUAAAAACGUCAUCAAGUACGUCACGUGACGAGCAGAAACAAGAGGCGCUUUGGAAAGCAACGUUUCCGUUCAUUCAAAAGUACCUAACCGAGUCUGAAAUAUCUGGUAUGGAGGGGGACACAUAAAACAGAACUUUCAAUUUAAUCAACAGCUACAUAUAGACAAAAGUGUUAACUAUAAGUACUUCAUAUAAAUAACAUAAUUCGAUUUCAUCUAUAUACAGCUGCACCAAAUGCCGUUACAGCUUGUUUUGUUUAAAUUGGUUGAAAUUUUGAACAUUUUUGUCAAAUUAAGGAACUGAAGCAUGUGUUCUUAGAAAGAUGUUAUACUUCACAAACAAAGCGUACUUUACAUUGAUCAACAAUGGUUGUUUUCUUAAUUGACACAUAAAAGGUACAUUUUGCCUCCUUCUUUGGAAAGGUCAAAGGUGAUAUGCUUAAGUUAAAAAUGGUUUUGAUUUCAUGUUUUAAUGUUUAUCACUUGAGGAAAAGUAGCGCUGAAUGUGAAAUUAUUUUGUCAUAAAAGAAGCAACUAGACUAGUAAUUUAAGGACUGCUGGUCUCGUGGGUUCAAACGCCGUUAGGGGCAAUAGUUGUUAUAAACUUCACACUCGUUACUUGGCACUGAUUGAUUCCAGGAACGAAUUUGAAAAUGUGCUCUUAAGCUUAUAUACAUUUAGCUUUAAACUCAAACGAACUAAAAUAAAUUGUGUAUAAAUCAAAUCACUGUCAGCCAUUUUCUUAGCCCGGAAAUGCACGUUAUAUAGCGGAAGCUUCUUACCGGAAAACUAUACGUAAUCGAUUCUAUCCCGGAAGUACUACUUGAUUACAACGUUAUGAAAUGUAUUAUUUGUCUACAUGCCAAUUAAAUUAGCAAGGAAAAUACAUGGACAACUAGAAAUUAAUUAAGCCACAAAGGGGGAUAAAUUUCAUUAAGACUGAAUUAUUGAAACCUAUCGUGACUGACCUCCCUCAAUUAAGAUAAAACACUAACCAACCAUUUCAACCAUGGCAGGGUUCGGACGCUAGCUAUGGUCAUAGUGUUUCGACCAGACAACACGGAAACCUAUACAAUGGUUAGGCCUUAGUGACAUUACGAAUUUACUCGGGAAGAACCGGUCUCUCUGGUUCCAAAUUGUUUCGCAAUUACCGAAACUUGGCAUGCGCAGAACAUUGACUACAACCAAAAAUAGUUAGGCCCCGAACCAUGCAUAAGUUUUUCGCGUAUCAUGUAAAUGGUGUAAUUUUAAAGAUGGUAUACUGUACUGUUUUAUACCCUGCCAAAUUACUGUAUAAGUGACAGUAUUUUUUUUUAAAUCAGCAAGCCCCCAGAUUCAUGCUAAUUUUCAUGAAAAUUUUGAAAAUGUAUUUAAAAGUAAAAUAUUGCGAAGUGAACAAAGUAAAUAAUUUUCAAAUUGCAAACGGGAAUUACAGACCAUAAAAUGUACCAAAAAGAGGUCAAAAUAUGAAAAAUGUGCCCUUACUGCGUUAAUAACGCAGUAGAAAGAUAGUAAAAGGUACUGCAAAAUUGAUCAUAAAUGGCACAUAACAUUUAUCUUGAAUCAUUUUACUUUUCUUAAAAUCUCAGUAAUUUUUGUCAUUUAUGAUUUUCUUUAAAUAUUUUGGCUCAUCUUGAGGCAUGCAGCUUUAAAACAUUGUUGUUUUUUCUCCAUUUCUGAAUAAAUCAAAUUCUAUGUUAUUUGUUGAAUAUGAACAUGACAUAUUUAUAUUUUGUAUAUUUAUUUUAUAUAAAUUUUGUACCAUGCACAAAUCCAAAAUAAAAUGAUUUUCUCUUUUGUA